AAUGACAGAUAGUACCACAACCGAUACUAGUACCCAAACAAUAACAGAUAGUAUCACAAUAACAUACAGUAUCACAACCGAUACUAGUACCCAAACAAUGACAGAUAGUAUCACAACUGAUACUAGUACGCAAACAAUGACAGAUAGUAUCACAACUGAUACUAGUACCCAAACAAUGACAGAUAGUAUCACAACUGAUACUAGUACCCAAACAAUGACAGAUAGUAUCACAACUGAUACUAGUACGCAAACAAUGACAGAUAGUAUCACAACUGAUACUAGUACCCAAACAAUGACAGAUAGUAUCACAACUGAUACUAGUACGCAAACAAUGACAGAUAGUAUCACAACUGAUACUAGUACCCAAACAAUGACAGAUAGUAUCACAACUGAUACUAGUACCCAAACAAUGACAGAUAGUAUCACAACUGAUACUAGUACGCAAACAAUGACAGAUAGUAUCACAACUGAUACUAGUACCCAAACAAUGACAGAUAGUAUCACAACUGAUACUAGUACCCAAACAAUGACAGAUAGUAUCACAACUGAUACGAGUACGCAAACAAUGACAGAUAGUAUCACAACUGAUACUAGUACCCAAACAAUGACAGAUAGUAUCACAACUAAUACUAGUACCCAAACAAUGACAGAUAGUAUCACAACUGAUACUAGUACCCAAACAAUGACAGAUAGUAUCACAACUGAUACUAGUACCCAAACAAUGACAGAUAGGAUCACAACUGAUAGUACCACAACUGAUAGUACCACGACAAUGACAGAUAGUACCACAUUAAUGACAGAAAAUACCACAUCAAUGACAGAUAGUGCCACAACAAUGACAGAUGGUACCACACCAAUGACAGAAAGAACCUCAACAAUGACAGAUAGUACCAAAACAAUGACAGAUAGUACCACGACUAUUAUUCCAACAACGACCACUAUGACCCCAGCAAACACGGAGAAUAAAUCGACGUCAGAAUAUAAGUACAUUGGUGUUGGUGUGGCAGUAACGCUGGGAGCAAUAGCCAUCGUUGCAGUAGCUGUUUUUGUAUGCAAACGGUUUAAACGAUCUGCGAGACCGAUGACGGGAAAUAUAAACGAAUAUUCCACACAUGACAAUGAACACACAUACACUUCUUUACAAGAUAUGUACAAAUCACCCAAUGAUAAUCGUCCGAGUACAGGGACCCUUUAUCAAAACGCUGAAGUAACUGAUGGACGUAUGCAACAGAACCCUACAUAUGAAGGAAUUUAUGAUAACAUCGGUUAACAUGCAUUUUUAAGAAAGGAUUAUGUGAUAUGUUUUCAACAACAAGAAUUACAUAAAAUAUUAGAUGAAACAAUCUGAAACGAUGCAUUUACUGAUAAACAUUAGUCGCAGAGACCACUACUUGGCACAGUAUAAACUAUAUACAUGUACACAUUUGAGUAGUUUGACUUAUGUAUAUAUUGGUGAAAAACUGUGUAUGGUGGUUGUUGAUUCACUUAAGAAAUUGCGUCAAACUUCAAUAAAAAAGACUUAAGUAAAAUGUAUUUGGUAAAGUGUUUUCUGGGCCUUUGUAAAACACUGACUGAAAACUGAUUGUUAACAUCGUUAUCCAGAAGGCGGUGUUGUGUAAUGAAAAACCACCAUUGGCCGUUAGAAGGCGGCAUUUACAUCUUUAAUAUUUUUAAAAGUGAUAUGAUGCGUGGUAUGUAUUGUUAAGCCAAUUGGUCAUUGGGCUUAACCCUUUCCCUCUCAGAAGCAGAGUGAACAUGGUUAUGUGCAAACAGCAUAAAACCAGAACAGCCUGCGAGUAACUGGCGGUCUGUUCAGGUGUUAUGCUGUUUGCUGCUCAUCAAUAUCUAAGGAGUAUCUAAGGGUUGGAAUUGAAUAUUUUAAGAAAGGUCUUUAAUUAUCUCCCAAUAAGGUUUCCGGAGUUUAAUUGUUAUUAAUUGUAUUAAUUGUGAAACAUUUUGUAUUACUCUUUGCUAUGGUUUUUACUUUCAAAUGUUCUACAUCACAGUGAAUUGUGCAUUUUUUAUAAAUGUAUAGGAUU